UGCACGAAAACAUCAAGUCACGACUCUAUUUUCAUAUACUCUGUGUCAUGGCCAGUCAGUCGGUGUUUUGAUACGGUGUCGGUUGUGUGUUUUUGUGUGAUCGAAUUAUUGUAAUAUUUUCGAGUGUUUUUUAAGUUCACGAUGUCGGAUGAAAUUGCCGAGAAUGGAACAGCGAACGGAGACGUGCCGGAGAUCGAGCUGAUCAUAAAGGCGUCGACAAUCGAUGGGCGGCGGAAAGGAGCGUGCCUCUUCUGUCAGGAAUAUUUUAUGGACCUCUACCUACUAGCAGAGCUGAAGACAAUCAGUUUAAAAGUGACGACAGUGGACAUGCAGAAGCCGCCGCCGGACUUCCGCACCAACUUUGAGGCGACGCAUCCGCCCAUACUGAUCGACAACGGCCUCGCCAUCCUCGAGAACGAGAAGAUUGAGCGUCACAUCAUGAAGUCCGUGCCCGGCGGACAUAAUCUAUUUGUACAGGACAAAGAAGUGGCGUCAUUGAUCGAAAACCUGUACUCCAAGCUGAAGCUGGUGCUGGUGCGCAAGGACGAGCAGAAAUCCGCCGCCCUGCGCGCACACCUCGGACGCAUUGACGCGCUGCUUGAACGCCGCGCGACCAGAUUCUUAACGGGCGACACAAUGUGCUGCUUCGACUGCGAACUGAUGCCGCGUCUGCAGCACAUCCGCGUCGCUGGAAAGUACUUUGUCGACUUCGAGAUACCGACGAAUUUCCGUGCGUUGUGGCGCUACAUGUACCACAUGUACCAGCUGGACGCGUUCACACAGAGCUGCCCCGCCGACCAGGACAUCAUCAACCACUACAAGCUGCAGCAGUUGUCGACAAAAGGUUUGCUCAUGUCGCCGAAGCCGACACGACAAAGGAUCGAAGAUGACCCGGCACUUAAAAUGAAGAAACACGAAGAAUUGGAGACGCCGACAUUUACCACGUCAAUUCCCAUCGACGUCAACGACUUGAGCGCCACAGAGUAACGACAGCCGGUGUUGCCACACCGUGGACUGUAAACAUUGUACAAUAGACAUUAAGCGGUACAUGCUUCGUAUACAUGCAAUGACUACACGUCUCACACGUCAUGUCGACUGACGUCAUUAGGGUUGCGAAA